ACUCGAAAUCCAUCAAGCGGGAGAACCCCGAAAUCCAAAAUUUCCCAAACCCUAACCCCCUUCUUCCCCGUCUCCUUACCCCUCCGCGCUUCCGAGCGCCAUCGUCUCCCGCCCUACCUUCCAGAAGCUUCUAGAACCUAGGGUUUCGAGCCCCAUUCACGCAAAAGAUGCCUCCUUGCGCCUAGGAGCCGCGCGGGCCGGGGUGGAGCCAUGGAGGGCGGCGGCGGGGAUGGUGGCGCGAGCGGCGGGAGGUUCCCGAUACUGCAGGCGAGCCGGGACCCCGAGUCGAACUGGGAGGUGGACGUCGCCAAGAGCCUCGAGGAGUACCUCCUCAAGAUCUGCUCUGGGGAGGUCUCCGGCGAGGACGGGACCCACUCCGUCAACUUCGCCGAAGCGGCGUUAUUACUCCAGGGAUCAGUUCAAGUGUAUAGUCGGAAGGUGGAGUACUUGUACUCAUUGGUGCUUAAUUGUUUGGAGUUCCUCUCGCAUAAGAAGCAGGAUCAACAGGAAAAUGGCUCAGCUCAAGCUAAUGAAAACGAUCCUAGCACAACUCCCAAAGAAGAAGAUGAUAUAUUUAUGGGGUUAGAUGAUGUCCAAGUGGAAGCAAGGACCACUCUGGAUAACAAUGUUGAUCGAGAUGAUUUGCAAAGAAAAAUUGUGAGGCCACCAGCAAAUCUACUGGUGUUUGAAGGAGAUUGUCUGGAUAGCGAAGCAAGUGAGCUAGACUUGUAUUUGUUAGCAACAUGCGAUUUUUAUGGAGAUUUCCUUCUGCUGGAUCCAUGUGAUGCACCAGCUGUUUUUGACUUUCUGCAAGGGAAAAAUUCUGGUAAAGAAAAUAGUGUGGCUCAUCAAGGCAGCUCAGUGCCUUCUAAAAGCCGAGCCAAUGUUUUCACUUCCCCAAACGGAAGAUCAGGGGGCACAGGUCGUAGAUCGGCCCCUGGAAAAGUCCAAGGUGAUCCAGAUCGAACUCAGGAGAACAAUCCUGACCAAUCUCAAGAAAUGGAUGCAAAUCAAACUCAAGAAAAUAUCCGUGACUUCAAUGUUGAUGACAACCAUUGGUCUGAUCCUGUUGACCAUGGGGUUCCUGAUGAUGACACGCCUCACCCAGAUGAUGCAGAUGCUGGGUACCCAGAUGUUGGGGAUGAUUCUGAUGACGAGGAUCCAUGGAAGCCUUUGAAUCCCCAUGAACCUGGCAACCUAAAGAUUAGACCUUACAGGAGAGUAAAAGGUUUUGCACGGCAGGUGAUUGGUACUCCAAAAAAGAAAACUCUUGCAUCUCUAUUUCCUAUGGCAAAGAUGGAUGGUGUCAUUAUCCCUGAACAUGCAAAAUCUUUUGAAGCGCAACAGUCUCAGCAGGAGGAACCUCAUGCUUCCCAGCCACCCCCUCCUUAUGAAAAGCUUCUGAGGUUACUUGAAUUUGGAGAGCAAGAUAAUUUCCAUGUGUUUGGAGAUUUGAACGAUAACAGUGGACCCAAUAUUGGCGCAAAUGAUUUUGACGAUAUCGAUGAUCCAUAUAUGCCGAACGAUAUGUACGACAUGGAUGUUGAUACUGACAUUCCAACAUAUCCUGAUAAGAAUAAUGGUGCAACACUUGAUGGGGCUCAAGGUUCACAGGAGAACAUGGAUGCACAUGAAAGCCUUGACGAUUUGUGUCGGUCACACCUGAAUGCUCUCCUUGCCAGCAUAGCUGAGGUUGAACAGCAGAGUGAGAUGGAUGCUCGAGUUUCAACAUGGAAAGAAAGAAUUGAGCAUGCCUUGGAAGAGCAGGAUAAAAACCCACCUUUUGAUAUUUGUUCAUAUGGAGAGCAAAUCCUUGACACGCUUUCAUCAAGAACUGAUAAUACGGGAAUUGCAUCUUUUAGUGAGAUUGUUAUUGGCAGACCAAAGUACGAGGUUGCAAGAACAUUCUCCGCCCUUCUCCAGCUGGUGAAUGGCAGAAGUGUUGAUCUGGACAAAGGACAUGCUACAAAUGAGUUGGUGUGUUACACAGCUGAUAAUUCAUUCCAUGUAAGGCUAAUUGGUCCCAACCGAAGGCCGGAAAUGGAGGCAAGCUUUGCACGGAAGAGAGUCAAGUCCCCUCUGCAAAAUUGUGGCAAAGGCAACGAAUCCUCUCUGUCGCAAAAGAAGUCCCCUAAGAAACAGUCGCAUAGAAAUGGCAAGGUUCCAGUCAAGACGGCAAUCAGGCUGACUCCAGAUGGAAAGCGAAGGCGACGGUCAGCGCAACUAAUGCAGUCAAUCAAUCUGGAAUCCAGCGGAUGAACAUGAAUGGCAGACUGACCCAUGUGCAUCAAGACUGAUUUUUUUUUUUUAUUGUUGUAACCUCAGUGUCUCUAGCUCAUGCCUGAUGGUGGCGGCUUGAUGGGCAGGAUGGACUGUAAGUUAUGACUUAGGCCUAGCUAGAGGGUGUACAUGUACAAAGUUCAUUGUGCUGUUAUGUAUGUAUGGCAUCAGCUCCAGAUGUGAUGUUAACAGGGCAAGAUUGUUGAUGCACUUUGCCGAGUCCGACACAUUACUGGGGUGGUUUACUGUGUUCAAAACUGCAUUGCUCUGAUUCCUACAA